AGCCCCCAUAGCUCCAGACCUUCGGGCCAAGGUGUCACGCGUGCGUCUCCUGCUCCAUCAAUACAGAUUACAUAUUUAUAUCAAUCGCGGGCUCCGAGGGCGCCCUCAGAGAGCGGCCCCGCGCCUACGAAACCAAACUGGGAGUGGUCGCGCGGCAACUCUGGCUCGGGAUUGGCUGUGGGCGCCCGCCGCGGUGCGGGGGGAUUGCUAAUCGUAUUCAGCAUGUUUUGCACAAGAAAUGUCAGCCAGAAAGGGCUAUCUGCUCCCUUCGCCAAAUUAUCCCACAACAAUGUCAUGCUCCGAGAGCCCCGCCGCGAACUCUUUUUUGGUCGACUCGCUCAUCAGCUCGGGCAGAGGCGAGGCGGGUGGCGGUGGCGGCGGCGGUGGCGCGGGGGGCGGCGGCGGCGGCUACUACGCUCACGGCGGGGUCUACCUGCCGCCCUCCGCCGACCUGCCUUACGGGCUGCAGAGCUGCGGGCUCUUCCCCGCACUGGGCGGCAAGCGCAAUGAGGCGGCGUCGCCGGGCGGCGGGGGCGGCGGCGGGGGCCUGGGGCCGGGGGCGCACGGCUACGCGCCCGCGCCCUUAGACCUGUGGCUGGACGCGCCCCGCUCCUGCCGGAUGGAGCCGCCCGAGGGGCCGCCGCAGCCCCAGCAGCCCCAGCAGCCGCCGCCGCCCCCGCCGCAGCCACCCCAGCCCCCGCCACCGGCCACCUCGUGCUCCUUCGCGCAGAACAUCAAAGAAGAGAGCUCCUACUGCCUCUACGACACGGCGGACAAAUGCCCCAAAGGCUCGGCCGCGGCCGCAGACCUGGCCUCCUUCCCGCGGGGCCCGCCGCCCGACGGCUGCGCGCUGGGCCCCUCCGGCGGGGUGCCGGUGCCCGGCUACUUCCGCCUCUCCCAGGCCUACGGCACGGCCAAGGGCUACGGCAGCGGCGGCGGCGGCGGCGGCGGCGGCGCGCAGCAGCUCGGCGCCGGCCCCUUCCCGGCGCAGCCCCCCGGGCGCGGCUUCGACCCGCCGCCUGCUCUCGCCUCCGGCUCGGCCGAGGCGGCUCGGAAGGAGCGAGCCCUCGAUUCCCCGCCGCCCCCCAGGCUGGUCUGCGGCGGCGGGGGCUCGCAGGGCGACGAGGAGGCGCACGCGUCAUCCUCGGCGGCGGAGGAGCUCUCCCCGGCCCCUUCCGAGAGCAGCAAAGCCUCGCCGGAGAAGGACUCCCUGGGCAAUUCCAAAGGCGAAAACGCAGCCAACUGGCUCACGGCAAAGAGCGGCCGGAAGAAGCGCUGCCCCUACACGAAGCACCAGACGCUGGAGCUGGAGAAGGAGUUUCUGUUCAACAUGUACCUUACUCGAGAGCGGCGCCUAGAGAUCAGUCGCAGCGUCCACCUCACGGACAGACAAGUGAAAAUCUGGUUUCAGAACCGCAGGAUGAAACUGAAGAAAAUGAACCGAGAAAACCGGAUCCGAGAGCUCACAGCCAACUUUAAUUUUUCCUGAUGAAGCUGCAGGCGACGCUGUUUUGUUCUGCCUCCAGAACGCCGGUCCCCUCCCUCUGUCUUCAGCCUCUGCCCCGAACUCGCACCUGUGCCGGAGCCCUAGUCCUCUCUCCCACACUCGCCAUCUUCCAGGCAGUUACAUCUGUGCAGGGAUGGUUUGUUCUGAUUUUUUGUUUCUUUGUCUGUUUGCUUGGUGCUGGUUUACUUGUUUUCUGGGGGAAAAAGCCAUAUCGCGCUAAAUUCUAUAGAGGUAGAUAUUGUCCUAAGUGUCAAGUCCUGAAUGGAUUGGGUUUGCUGUCUCCAGGUCCCACUGCUUGAAAUGGCCCCUGUCCUCUUCUACAGAGCUGGUUUCCUGCCUGGUCCUGGGCAAACCUAAGCGGGAAGGCCGAGAUCUCAUUGUCGGCGCAGAGGUGUCUGGCCUGAGGUCAAUGGUGCAAGGAGCCACCACCGGGCAUGCCUGCGUGGAGUGCUGGGCUGUGUUUAAUCAGGGGAUGCAGGCCCCUGGGUUUCUUUUUUUCUUUCUUCCUUUCUUCCUUGGCCAAGAGAAAGGCAUGCAGGCAUGGAUAUGCAGGUUGGCACUAGGGGCUUGACUUUGGCUGAUUGAAAAAGCAAGAGAGUCAGAAAGAUUAAUUUUUCCUUCCUCUGUAAGAUAUCCUAGCUUUAUAAGAAAAAAGUGACCAAGAGAAGGAAACUUCUCUUCCAGUUUUGUAAGGUCUUGCAUUGCCUGACUGAAAUGUUUCAUUUACCUCUGAAUUUCCGUAUCCUUCUGGCUGUUGAUAAAUAAUGUAGUUUUGUUUAUAAAUGUGGAAUUAGUGGAAUUUUUGUCAUUAAAAUCGUUACCACUGGUAACACUCGAAAAGCACAUCACAAUUCUCCCUAUCUUGUGGAGUUUUUUUUUAUUCACUUUUUUGGGGGGGCUUUCUGAAAUUCAUGGAAGCCUAGGAUGGCUGGGGCAAACGAAUAAACUAGAGAAGGGAGACAUUGUUUGGAUUUCCUUUAUACUGUGAAGUAACAUGCAUAAAAGGGUCAAACCUGUAGGUGCAGAAAAAGAAAAAACUAUAAAUACAAAUCUGUAUAAAUGUCUAUUAUUAUGAAAAAUUGCCAAUCUUGUUUUAAGCAAAUGCAUUCUAUCAUUAUUAUAAAUGUUAGUGCUAGCUCUAUUCUAAUCUUAAAUCAGAAUAAAUUAAUAUUGUAUUGCUGCUGUGCGUGGAAAAAAGACGAUGUUUAUGUUCUUAUAGAAUAAAAGCUGUGGAAUGAAGCUUUUUAAUUUUACCUCUUUUUUGACUUCUUAUCUUCACCUUCCACUGUAUCCCGUCCACCACUUUUACAACAGGAGUACUAGCCUGAGCCCCCUGCAAUUACUUUAGGCAUCUAUUUAAAUAUUACCUAGACGGUCGUAAUUUGUCUGGGCCCUAUAGCCCUGGUGCCCUAAGGUUUGUCGGCUUUUGUUCAGUUUUAUGACUUGCUAGUAUAUCUGGAUUGUGGCUGUCUUGGACUAGUGGUUUCAGUUGAGAGGGGAGCUGCACAGAUAGAGGAAGCUAAACAGGAUUUCUUUCUGAAGCCCCAGAGAGGCUCUCAGAGGCCAGUUAUUUUGCGGGUGCCCAACUCCCAGAUGACUUAAGUCCCAGGAGCAGGCCAGGCCCAGAGCGCAUCACUAGUGCCUUCGGCAGCGGUUAGGUGGACCGGGCCGGGGGGCCGGGAUCCGCCGGGGCCGCCCCCUCCCCCAGCACGGCCUCCCCCACCUGGCGGCCCCCGGCGGGGCCACGCGUUUCCUGCUCUGCGGAGGUGGGGGCGCGCCGCUCGGGGGAGGGGGCGCGGGAGCGCGCGCCUCCGCGGGCGGGCGUCUAGGAGGGAGGGAGGGGGAGCGAGCGGCCGCGGGGAGCGAGCGCGGGCGCCAGACCGAGGACCCGGCUGGGCGACGGCCUCGGCGCUGCGGAGUCGCUGCGCGGUUCGGUGGAUGGCGGCUGCGGGCUCGGGGACCGGGGCGCUGCUCCUCUGCCCUCUUCUCGCCGGCUUCCCCUUCCUUCUCUCUCCCGCCUCUGCCUCCCCUACCCCGGCCCUGCCUGCUGUCCCCCGCGCUCCCGGGCUCACCUCCUGGGCCCGUGGCUUCCCCCUUCCUGCCCGGUUCGCGGAGGCCCAGGGCGCUCGGUGGCAGCGGCGGUGCUGGGCGGCGCGGUCUCCGGGGUCUCUCCUUGGCGGCGACCGUGGCGGCGGCGGCGGCGGCGGCGGCGGCGGCGGCGGGCGAGGCGGCCCCGCGCGGGCAGCACCAGAACUGGUCGGUGAUUUAGGUAGUUUCCUGUUGUUGGGAUCCACCUUUCUCUCGACAGCACGACACUGCCUUCAUUACUUCAGUUGAAAUCGUCUCCAGGUACCUGCGCGCGCGGGGCCGGGCCCGGCCGGGCGGGGCAUGCAGGCCCGGGUGAUGCCAGGCCCGCGGGGCAACCUCGGCUCUCCUGCGCAGGAACCUCGGUCCGCCCCAGCAGCGUGCCAGCCGCCGGCCCCCUCCCCCCGCCCCGGCCGGAGCAGGUACGGUCAGGUUAACCGCUCCUCCGCGGACGCCGGGGGCGUGGUAAGAAUUCUGGGCCUCGGGCCAUUCAAGGUCAGGGGCGCUGGCGCCCAUCCGGAGCGUCCCUACUGUAGCCCUGCGCCCGGCCCGCUCCGCGCCUCUCUCCUGCGAGGCUGCAACAGACACACGCCCCGAUCUGGGGUGUGAGUUGAGAGAUUCCUUUGCCUGUGGAGACCCAGGCCGAGACAGGAGGAGCACGGUGUCCGGGACUGGGAUCAUGGCCUUGUCGUCUCCGCAAGCAGGCCCUCUGCUCCCAGUGUGUCCUCGGUCCCUUUUCUUCCGCCCUCCUUUUUCUUUUAUUUGUUCUUUCUUUACCCCUUCCUUCCUUCUUUGUUUUCUUCUUCUUUCAUCUGUCUCUGUCCCGGUUCUCUUUCUAGAUCGCCUUCUCCCCUUUCCAAAUCAUCCUGUCCGAAGGGGAGGAGGCCAGCAAAGGGAAAGUCUGACGGUCCCAUUUUUCUCUUCGCGCUCAACUGAAAGUCCGAGUCUGCCGAGGAAGGGCCUGCGUGGGGCGACUGUCCAGGACCGUGGGGUUUGGCCUGGUGUGCCUCUGGGCCGACAAGGCCUCGGUUAUGAUCACGACCGGAUGGCGGCGGCCUUGCGUUCUUCUUCCGCGGGUCGCCUGCGGCUGCCUGGGAGACCCGAUUAGGGGGCACCCGCGGCGUCUUUGUAUGCCCACACCAAAGGGCAGAGAGACCUUUGUCAGCAUUCUGGAAAUGAGCGCUGAGGCCCAGCCGGGCUCCGUGGAGAGCGUGGCUACUCAGGGAGCUCCACUUGCCCGGAAGCUCCUUGCAUGCUUCUCCAGGCCUGCCAGUCCUAACUCGGGUUUUGAUCUCAGUGAAGGAGACUUGCUAAGGCAAAGCUUGACUGCGUGCUUGGCAGUGGCGUCAGGUUCCAGUGUGUUGAAUAUAGCCACCUUGUACAGCUCUGUGCUGCAGAAAAGAACCCAAGAGCCCGUAUUUCAAAUAGGUGAAGGAAACUCAAAAUUCGUGAGUCAUUGGGAUGCAAACUUGAGCCCUUGUUCUAAGUUGCAAUCUACUGAUGGGAGCCAGCCUAUUAUUCUUAACUACGGAAAACAAACUGUCCCUUCCCCCAACAUACACAUAGACUUGCCUUCAGACCCUUGGCCGCAGCGCUGUGCUUCCCUUCCCAGCUCAGGCUGGGGGCUGGGAAUUGUUUUUGUUGCUCAGUCUGCCAACCUGUUAUCUGAAAGUCCGGGACACCCGCUUCCCUGAUUCCUCUCUGGCAUUUUCCAGACCAGAGUAUUAAGUUUAUUUCAGAGAUCAAAGUUUUGGGGAAACUCUCAGUGGAGAAGGGGUGGUUUGUAAUUACAUCCAUUUAUUAUUUCUUUGUGCAUGUGCAAUCCCUUUCACUUUCAAAAUAAAAGGCACAAAAGUCUAAA